CUUCAUUGUCCGAGAUAGUGUUUGGUCAUAGAGUGUCUAACUUAUUUUCAUCGAUUGCUUUAGCUUCAGGCAUAGUUGUGCAUGGUCUCAUAUUGAAUAUUACGCCUCGUCUUUUCGCUUUAAGAAUAAGAGCUACUUUAUUCGGUUGUUGUAAUGCAUUCGGACAACUGAGCACAAUGAUCAGUUACCUUUUAUUCACUUUCCAACCACUGAAUAACAUGACGUAUCUGGCUGUGAACACUGCUAUCACUAUGGCUUUGGCGACAUUAACAUUUAUGCUCUUCGAUGUGGAUGGAAGGGAGCUACCAGAUUUGAUUGAUGAUAUGGACUACUUUUCUGAGUUAUCGAAGCCAAUCCGUUGGGCGACUCAAAAGACUAAUUCUCCAUCUAACGAAGAAGUCCAAAUCAGGAUAUAUUCCUUUGGUAGUGCACAGGAUCGAGAUUCUACAUAUUCCGAGAUACAUAGGCGUACACCCGCGCGUUAUAUACGGUUCAGCCAGUGUUGGAGGAGUCUCUAUGAAAGAUUCCGACGUAUUAUUCAAACGAAACAUUGA